GGGCGGCACCGGGGGUGACUUCAACAAAGGGCGGCGGGCGCCGGGCGUCUGUGACCGAGUCUCCCGGUGCUCCUCUGAGGCCGAGUCCUGGCCCCCGGCCUGCCGCGCUCCAGAUGAAGUGUGAGCACUGCACGCGGAAGGAAUGUAGUAAGAAAACAAAAACCGAGGACCAAGAGGAUGCGUCAGUUGAAGGACCGAGUCUGGCCCAGGAGAGCGGAGAGAAGGGAGAAUUCCAUAAACUGGCCGAUGCCAAGAUCUUUCUGAGUGACUGCCUGGCGUGCGACAGCUGUGUGACAGCGGAGGAAGGAGCCCGGGUCUCCCAGCAGAACGCCAAGGACUUCUUUCGAGUUCUGAACCUUAAUAAGAAAUGUGAUCGCUCACAGCACAAAGUGCUGGUAGUGUCAGUGUGUCCUCAGUCUCUGCCUUAUUUUGCCGCCAAAUUCCGCCUCAGCGUGACGGAUGCAUCUAGAAGACUCUGCGGCUUCCUCAAAAGUCUUGGGGUGCACUAUGUCUUCGAUACAGCAGUAGCCGCGGACUUCAGCAUCCUGGAGAGUCAGAAGGAGUUCGUGCGCCGGUACCAGCAGCACAGCGAGGAGGAGCCCGCGCUGCCCAUGCUCACGUCCGCCUGUCCCGGCUGGGUCCGAUAUGCCGAGCGGGUGCUGGGCCACCCCGUUACCCCACACCUCUGCACCGCCAAGUCUCCCCAGCAGAUCAUGGGCUCCCUGGUGAAGGAUUACUUCGCCAGACGGCAGAACCUGUCUCCAGACCAGAUCUUCCACGUUAUCGUGGCUCCUUGCUACGAUAAGAAACUGGAGGCCCUUCGAGAAGACUUGCCCACCGCUUCCCACGGCUCCCGGGGUGCUGACUGCGUGUUAACCUCAGGUGAGGUCGUUCAGAUGAUGGAACAAAAUGACCACGCAGUGAAAGAUGCUGCCGUUGACACUCUGUUCGGAGGCCCGAAGGAGGAAGAGGUGAGACGCCAUGACGGGGCCAGCUCGGACGGGUACCUGGCGCACGUCUUCAGACACGCGGCCAAGCAGCUGUUCAACGAGGACGUGGGGGAGGUCACCUACCGCACCCUGAGGAACAAAGACUUCCAGGAGGUCACCCUUGAAAAGAACGGGGAGGUUCUGUUGCGCUUCGCCGCUGCGUACGGCUUUCGGAACAUCCAGAACGUGGUUCUGAAACUGAAGAAGGGCAGGUUCCCAUACCACUUCGUGGAGGUGCUCGCCUGCGCCGGGGGCUGUCUGAGCGGCAGAGGCCAAGCCCAGACCGAGGACGGGCGGGCAGACAAGGCGCUGCUGCGGCAGAUGGAAGGCAUCUACGCGGACAUCCCUGUGCGGCCCCCCGAGACCAGCGCCCACGUGCAGGAGCUGUACCAGGAGUGGCUGGACGGGGCCGACUCCCCCAGAGUCCAGGAAGCCCUGCACACCAUGUACCAGGGCGCAGGGCUCCCCGCGGGCAGCCGGGACAUCAAGUGGUAAAGGUCGAGCUGGCUGCCGGGGAGGGAGGCGCGGCUGAGCGCGGCCCGAGACCCUGCAGGAAAACGGCUCGGCUUCUCGGUUGCUACCUUGGUUUUCAGAAUUCUCUACCCUCUUUGCUGGUGGUUCCCUCACUGUUUGACGUGGUGCUCUCUUUGUGACGCGGGACUCGAGUAUUCUGACCUGAGGGAAGGAUUGCCUCAGUGUACGUAUCUCUUUCUCUUAAGACUGCACAGUAUCCCAAAGAACAAGAAUGAAGACAGACCACUAUCUUUUAGGCUUAAAAGAAAUCCAAAAAGUGUCCUGUGAAGAACUAAGACCCCAGAAGCUCAGGCUCAUCUGCCUCAGAGAGAUGGCGUGAGGAGGCCGCUGUGGGGUCUGCCCGACUCGGCUUAUUUUUACCCACUUCACGUUACUCCUGAAUGGUUUUGCCAGAAUGGGAGUCAGUUGCGUCCUUUUGGAAUUGGGAGCUGAUACACAAGCCGAGAUUUCCAGCUUUCCUGGCAGCAGCCACGUGCUUUCCUGGUGCCAGAGGGUGGCGGGCAGCAGCCCCUCCUGGGACCAGACCUCUAACCCAGGGGCUCCGUGGCUGCGGGUGCCGUAGGCCCCAGACACGCACCCCCUCGUUCGGCCGUUAAGGGGCGCGCACCGCGAGGCUGGGGAGGCCUGGCGAGGCUGCGGGCUCUCUACGGCCGAGGAUGGAGGAGGGAGACGGGGCAGAGAUGGGCUACCCGUGCAGGCCAGGCCGUGCGGUCGACGGGCGCUCCCCUCCGUCCGUCCUGAUGCCGCUGCGGUCCUGCCUCCCCCCAGCCUGUGCUUCCUGAGGGGCCUCGGGCAGCCCGUGCUGCGCCCACGACGGGCCGCAGAGAAGGAAGGGGACGAGCAGCCCCACAGGCGGGGCUGGCAGCGGCCGGACCGCGGACACCCGCGCUCCAGGUCCGGGCUCGUCCCCGAAGCGCGAGACCUCCGCAGAGGGCUCUGGUACCGGGAACCCGAGCGGCGACGCUCCUCUCGACCCUCCGUGCCGUGAAGCCUCCACUUCCUCCGAUUCCUCGUGUUGUGUGUCGUGCUGUGGCGCGUACCUGUCCGGGCUGCGUGUGGCGUGAGAUUGUACAUUUCUUUCUCUCUGCUCCUGACCGGCUUCAUCCUCUGCGGUCACGGAUGAUGGAAUAAACAGCUGAAGGAUG